AUGAAGAUGUUCGAGAACGUGGCGGGAAAAGGUCAAUUAAAAUGUCAUCACAACCGCGACGCGCUGCGCGGAACACUUUUGUCGCGACAAAAAGUAUUCGAUAUGCUUCCUCGCGCCUCGAGGCGAGGGCAUGCCCUUUUCUGCUUCCAUUUUUGCUCCCCCUCGCGUUUUUGCACGAGGACGUCGAUGCGUUCGUCGUUGUCCUCGUCGAGAGAAGCGCAAAGAGGAAAGACGCGCGACGACGCGACGGCGAAGAAGCGAUUUCAAUCCAAUUCCGCGAACGAAAAGGACGGUGCAAAACGUGCGCUCGUGCUCUCGAAGACGCGAACGUUCGCGCGAGAAGACGUGGAGCAAUUUGCAAAGAUAACCGGCGAUUCAAAUCCAAUUCACGUGAGUCGCACUGCUACUACUGAUGAUAAUAACAUCGUGCACGGGGCGUUGUUGGUCUCGAUGUUCCCGGCGAUAGUGGGAAGCACGUUUCCAGGGGCGAAAUAUUUGCGCCAAACGGCGAUGUUUCGAAACGAGUGCCCGGUCGGCGCGAGAGUGACGGCGACGGUGAGGAAAGUUAAGGAGACGCGAGGUGGUAAGAUUGUUGAGUUUGAGACGAAGGUGAGAUGCGCGGAGGAUGAAGGGAAAGUGUACGUGGACGGCUUCGCGCUGGCGAAAAUAGAAUAG